GACUUCUGGUGCUGCUGGAGCUUUCUAGAACAUAUAUGAAGUACUUUAUUUGCCUAUUUAAGUCUAGUUUUAACAUCAUAGUGUUCAGAAUUGCUAGAAAAAAAUGUAUUGGCUGAUUGAUGGCUGGUGAAGUCAAUAUUUUAUGCAAAAGUCUCUGUGUUCACCAAAUUUGUAAUAUACAUCAUGGAAAUAUGAAUUGUAUCCUGACAGGAGCCACACGGGGAAAAUCUGCUACAGUUUCUCCUGUGUGGAAGAGCCAGGUUACUGUUAAGCUGUGGGAUACUGUGACAUUCUUGUAGAGACAGGAACAGGCAGGGGUGGAGACCCUCAGCAACAGUUUUAUAGAGCAGGGCUUGAAUCAAACAGGUCAAGGGAGGUGAUCCUGCCCCUCUAGCCGGCCCUACUGAGGCACAUCUGGAGUUCUCUGUCCAAUUCUGGGCUCCUCAGUACAAGAAAGACAAGGCACAGCUGGAGAGGUACAGUGAGGCCACAAAGAUGAGGGAUCUGGAGCAUCUCUUGUGAGGAGAGACUGUGGGAGCUGGGCCUGUUUAUUCUGGAAAAGACUGAGGGGUUUUCAUUAGUGCAUAUAAACAUGUCAGACAGAUGCCAAGAGGAUGGUGCCAGACCAUUCAGUGAUGCCCAGCAGCAGGAGAGGGGCAAUGGCCAAAACUAAAACACACAAAAUUCCACCUCAACAUGAGAGAGAACUUCUUUAGGUUGAGGGGGCAGAGCACUGGAACAGGUGCCCAGGGAAGGCGUUGGGCCUCCCUCCCCGCAGACAUUCCGACCCGCCCGGAGCCGUCCCUGUGUCAGCGGCUCUGGGUGACCCUGCACGGCAGGGGUUGGACUGGGUGAUCUCCAGAGCUCGGUCCCAGCCCUGCCACUGCUGGGAUUCCCGAGCGGAGCUGGGCUGGGAGCGCGGCCCCCCCGCCCUCAGCGCGCUCCCCGCGCAAAUGGCGCCCGCGGGAGGAGCCGGGGCCGCCGCGCCCAGAGCGGGCCCGGCCCGCGGAGGGAGGAUGGAGGGAGCUGGCCGCUCCUCUCUCCGCCCCCUCGCUCCACUCCCUCCCCCGUGCUCCUCUCUCCGCCCCAGCGCUCGGCCCUGGUGAGCCGCGCCGCCGCAGCCCUCCAAAGCCCAUCCUCAGAGCAGGUCCAGCCGCCGCCCGAGACCCGCAGCCGCCGCGGCCCUCCCGCGUCGCCCACAUGGAGGAUUACCACAAGCCCGACCAGCAGACGCUGCAGGCGCUGAAGGACACGGCCAACCGGCUCCGCAUCAGCUCCAUCAAGGCCACGACCGCGGCCGGCUCUGGCCACCCUACAUCAUGUUGCAGUGCAGCAGAGAUUAUGUCUGUGCUGUUUUUCCAUACCAUGAGGUACAAAGUGCAAGACCCCAGAAACGCCAGCAAUGACCGCUUUGUUCUUUCGAAGGGUCAUGCAGCACCAAUUUUGUAUUCUGUUUGGGCAGAGGCUGGCUUUCUACAAGAAGCAGAAUUAUUGAACUUGAGGAAAAUUGAUUCUGUCCUAGAAGGACACCCAGUGCCAAGACAAGCCUUCACUGAUGUGGCUACUGGAUCCCUUGGGCAGGGUCUUGGUGCUGCUUGUGGAAUGGCAUACACUGGCAAAUUCUUUGACAGAGCCAGCUAUCGAGUGUACUGUCUGCUUGGAGAUGGAGAGUUAUCUGAAGGCUCUGUUUGGGAGGCAAUGGCCUUUGCUGGCUUUUACAAGCUUGAUAAUCUUGUUGCUAUAUUUGAUAUUAAUCGUCUUGGACAAAGUGACCCUGCUCCUCUGCAGCAUCACGUUGAAAUCUACCAGAAACGCUGCGAGGCCUUUGGCUGGCAUGCCAUCAUCGUGGAUGGACACAGUGUGGAGGAGCUUUGCAAAGCCUUUGGCCAGGCCAAACAUCAGCCAACAGCCAUCAUUGCAAAGACUUUUAAAGGCAAAGGCAUAUCAGGUGUUGAAGAUAAGGAAAGCUGGCAUGGAAAGCCCCUUCCAAAAAAUAUGGCUGAGCAGAUCAUUCAAGAAAUAGAUGACAGAAUCCAAAACAAGAAAAAGCUUUCUCCAGCUCUUCCUGAAGAAGAUGCACCUAUAGUAAAUAUUAGAAACAUUAAGAUGCCAUCUCCACCAACUUACAAAGUGGGAGAAAAGUGGGCCACCCGCAAGGCUUACGGGGUUGCACUUGCAAAACUGGGCCAUGCCAAUGAUCGAGUGAUUGCUCUGGAUGGUGACACAAAGAACUCCACCUUCUCAGAGCUCUUCAAGAAGGAACAUCCCAAUCGCUACAUUGAGUGCUACAUUGCUGAACAGAAUAUGGUGAGCAUUGCAGUUGGCUGUGCCACUCGUGACAGGACCGUUGCUUUUGCCAGCACUUUUGCCACCUUCUUCACGCGGGCGUUCGACCAGAUCCGCAUGGCCGCCAUCUCCGACAGCAACGUCAACCUCUGCGGCUCCCACUGCGGGGUGUCCAUCGGUGAGGAUGGGCCAUCUCAGAUGGGACUGGAGGAUCUGUGCAUGUUCCGGGCUAUUCCCAACUCCACUGUGUUUUACCCCAGUGAUGCUGUAGCCACUGAAAAAGCAGUGGAAAUAGCUGCCAACACCAAGGGCAUUUGUUUCAUCAGAACCAGUCGUCCUGAAAACCCUGUCAUUUACAACAACAAUGAGGACUUCCAUAUUGGACAGGCAAAGGUGAUUUUGAAGAGUAAAGAUGAUCAAGUGACUGUGAUUGGAGCAGGAGUCACUCUGCAUGAAGCACUGACUGCAGCAGAGCAGCUGAGAAAAGAAAAAAUCUACAUCCGUGUGAUUGAUCCCUUCACUAUAAAGCCCCUGGAUAAGAAGACAAUACUUGAAAGUGCAAGAGCAACCAAGGGCAGAAUCAUCACUGUUGAGGACCACUACCAUGAAGGUGGCAUUGGCGAAGCCGUGUGUGCCGCUGUCGUGGGGGAACCCGGCGUCACCGUCACUCGCCUGGCUGUGUCCCACGUGCCCCGCAGCGGGAAGCCAGCUGAGCUGCUGAGGAUGUUUGGCAUUGACAAGGAUGCCAUCAUGCAGGCAGUGAGGGCAGCCGUGUCCAAAUCCAGGAACGCCGAGUAGUGCAAAGCAUCUCGUGCUGUGUAACGGAAGAGCUGCGUUUGGAGAGGUUAAGGCAGGCAAAGGUGCUUUAUGUAGAGAGUUCUAAUAAAAAUACCAGCUUAAAAAAC